UUGAGUUUAGUGCUAAUGUGUUUUUGUUCACAGGGAGAAACAAGACCAUCUGACGGCUGUUGUGUAGCUAAGAGAUGCCCCAAGGGAUGGACCCAGCGUGAUGACUACUGUUACAAGUUCAACCUCAAUGAAAAGGACUGGGCUGAUGCAGAGGUUGCCUGUGUUGCUGUUGGUGGGAAUCUGGCCUCCAUCCACAGCAAAGACCACUAUGACUUUGUGAAAGGUUUGAUUAAAACCUCAGCUGGCCCAAAUAAACAAACUUGGGUUGGAGGCACUGAUGCAGUCAAGGAGGGUGUGUGGCUGUGGAGUGACGGUUCCAAAUUUGACUUCACGUUCUGGGGACCAAGGCAGCCUGACAAUGCUGGUAGACGUGAAGAUUGUAUGGCGCUGGUCAAUAAGGGUGUUGCCAAUGACAUGCCUUGUACCCAGAAGAAAUCGUAUGCUUGUGGCAGAGGCCGGUGUGGACGUCACACACCUGCUACUGAGGGCAUUUCUGGCCAGAUGUAAAGCCUCACUUGCAUCAAUCCAUCACCAGUGCUGGCUUUUCAAUUUAAUAAACUGUUGAUUUGCAACUGCA